UCAUCUCUAAGCCGCCCGUCAAUUGUUUUCAUGAAUUGACGUGUCUUGUCAAAUGCGAAAAAAUCCAAAAUAAACCGUAAACACACUCGCAUGGAGUUCCUGAAGAGUGGCAUAAAGACGGUGCUGGGCAGCACGGAACCUGGCCAGCAACCAAGUGCUGCCGAGACAGUGGAGAAGCUGGUGGACCGCGUCUACUCCUCAACGCUCCUGGAGGAUCGACGGGAUGCUUGUCGGGCACUGAAAGCACUGUCUCGCAAAUACCGUAUCGAGGUGGGUGCCCAAGGCAUGCCACCGUUGGUACAGGUGCUUCAGAACGAUGGACAGGAUGCAGAGAUCAUUAGCUAUGCCUUGGACACACUGUGCAACGUGGUAACCAGCGAGGAGUUCGACGAAGAAGCGGACAAUCCCACGGUUACGGUGAAUGUGGGCGAGCAGUUCACGGAGAUGUUCAUCAAAACGCCGGAGCAUGUUACCCUGGUCAUGAGCUACUUGGAUGAGUAUGAUUUUCGAGUUCGCCGUGCCGCCAUUCAACUGAUUACGUCCCUCAUCUCAAACAAGACACGGGAACUGCAGGAUCUGGUCCUCGUCAGCCCAAUGGGCGUGUCAAAGCUGAUGGAUCUACUGACGGACAGCCGCGAGGUAAUCCGCAACGAUGUAUUGCUGCUGCUAAUCGAACUGACCAAGGGCAACUCGAAUAUUCAGAAGAUUGUGGCCUUUGAAAACGCUUUCGACCGCCUGUUCGAGAUCGUGCGGGAAGAGGGCUGUUCCGAUGGCGGUAUCGUAGUGGAGGACUGUCUCAUACUGCUAUUGAAUCUCCUCAAGAACAACUCUAGUAAUCAGCAAUUCUUCAAGGAGGGGAGCUACAUCCAGCGAUUGGCACCAAUGUUUGAGCUUUCGCAGGAUUCGGAGGAGGCCGGAUGGUCACCACAGAAGAUCUCGAACUUCCACUGCUUACUGCAGGUAGUUCGAGCACUUGUCACUCCCAGUAAUCAACAACAAGUGGUAGCCGCUUGCCAGCGUGUCAUGCAAAAGUCCCGUCUGCUCCAUGCUCUCUGUGAGAUUCUAAUGAGUAGCGGUGUACCGGCAGAUAUACUUACGGAGACUAUAAAUGCGGUGGCAGAGGUGGUGCGUGGCGAUCGGGACAACCAAGAUGAACUGGGAAGGGUUAUGGCCCCGAGUAGUCCUCCCAGACCGGCAAUUGUAGUCCUCUUAAUGUCUAUGAUCAAUGAGAAACAACUGCUGGCUCUGCGAUGCGCCGUUCUCUACUGCUUUGAGUGCUUCCUUUAUCGCAAUUCCGAUGGUCAGCGGGCGGUGGUUCAGACCCUUCUGCCCUCCAGUACCUCCGAUGUCAGUGCCCUGUCAACGGGACAACUCCUUUGCACCGGACUUUUCUCCACAGAUGCCCUAGCCAACUGGUUCUCCGCUGUGGCCCUGAUGCACUCUCUUGUGGAGAAUGUAGCCCUUAAAGAGGAAUUACUGCGCGUUCUGCUGGCAACUCCCGGUGGUCAAAGGCCCAUUACGUUGCUUGAGCAGUGCACUAAUCUCAUGCAGCAGGAACGUUAUCGGUUACAGAGCAAGGUGGGUCUGCUAAUGCUUCUCAGUUUAUGGCUAGCACAUUGCCCUGGAGCGGUAAAGGCUAUGCUAGAGACGCAGGGCACCAUGGCCUAUCUGACCGCCCAACUCUGCUCUAACGAGCACGACGAACGUGAGUUUUUGGUCCAGGGCAUGUGUGCCUUCCUCAUGGGCCUGUGCAUUCAGUUCAAUGAUAACUCGUUGCCCGGACAAAAGCGCGAGGACAUCAGCCAAUUGAUUAUCAAGCGAAUCGGCCAGGAGAGCUUCUGCAACAAACUAGCGGAGGUGUCGAGGCACGAGGCCUACAGUCGGGCUUGUAAGCAGGCGCAAAUACGGGCAAAAUCGGCCGGAGAACUUCUGCUCGACUACGAGUAUUGCAAGCUGUACAAGGGAUUAGAGGCACUGAUUGCCAAACUGGUCAGUGGAUUCGAUGUGGAUGGCAUAGAACUGACCGAACUCACUCUGAGUUCUGAAGCUUCUGCUUUGGUCUCACAGUACAAAGGGAUAAUCCGUGGCAUGGAUGCCCAGAUUCAAGGGCUUCAACAAUCCACUAAAGACCUUGAGCAGGAAAAUGCAGAGCUGAAGGAAAAGCUCGGCGAAGAGCAGUCGCUAAAUUCCCAGCUUUCAGAUCAAAACACAUUGCUUAAAGCGCAGCUGGGGGCUUCAGCGGGUCAAGUAAAAUCCGCUCAAGGAGCAGAAACCACGACUGCCAACGUGGAGGAGCUAAAUGCCGCACGCUACCAGGCUAACAUGUACUUCGCUGAAAAUAUAAGGCUGACCAAGGACCUGGAGACGCUACGUCAACAGUUGACGGCCGAGAAACAGCGUGCAGAUACGGCACUAGAAUCACUGGCAGCUACGCAAAAGGAUCAGGAGGAUUUGCUCGAACUGCUGGCCGACCAGGAGUCCAAACUGACGAGAUAUGAGGAGGCGGCCACGACUAUUCCCUUCUCAACUUCUAAUCAAGCUCCUAGUGGGCCAGUAACUGAGGAAGAGAGUCCAAUUCCAAGUGGCACUGCCAGCAGAUAAGGAUCGUUGCUGACCACGUAUUAAUACUGGAAUUCCCUCGACUGCCCUUAAAACACUUCUAACUAUUUUAUAUACACACAUUCUACUUUAUUUUUAUUUAUAUAUAUUUUACUCACGUACAGAAUAUACGUCUAUAGAUCGAAAUUUAAACAAAAUCUAAGAUGUGUUUUUGGCGGGAACUACAGCAAAUCGCAAAAGAUAGAUAGAUAUUUAAAUACGCGCACAUUUUCCUAUUUUCAUCUCUUUCCAAUUCGUUUCUUUCCUUUUUGCUUUUUUGGUUUUCUAAAGGCCAAAUAUUAAAUACCCUUUAAUGAAAAAUUUGAUUUCUUAUUUGUCAUAAGCGUCUUUAAAAAGUUGAAUUUAUGCUCUCUUACUUAUGUACUCUUUUUGAACUUUUCCCGACCAGUUAAUUACAAUUUAUUUAUAUUUGAAUAUUCCGUUUAAAGAAAUGAAAUAUAUAUUAAUCAGCUAAUAAUGCCAAAACAUAUUAAACAUGAAAUAUUGUCAGAACUGUUGCAUUUACCUGACGGAAAAAUAAAAUAAAUAAAAGUUAAUAUAUUAA